AGGACGGGGCGGGACCGCGGCGACGCGAAGAAUUGAAGGGGGUGCUCAAAGUGGUGGAUUAAAUGCAUUUUUGGAAAAGAAAAAUUUGAGAGUAAGAUAGUAAACUAUUGUAACACUCCAAUGGAUUCCUCCGUGGAAAACAACAUGUAUAUAAACAAAGUGUGGGUUCAAUGUGACAACGAAAGUUGUUUGAAAUGGAGAUUAUUGUCAAGUGAGGAUGCAACCAAAAUUGAUCACAAUGAACCAUGGUAUUGCUACAUGAACACUGAUUCAAGAUAUAAUAAGUGCUGUAUUUCCGAAGAAGACUUUCCUGAGGAGUCUCAGUUUUAUCAAAGUGGAUUUAAGAUUGUCUAUUCACAGCUACCUCUUGGCAGCCUGGUUUUGGUAAAAUUACAGAGUUGGCCAAGUUGGCCAGGCAUACUUUGCCCUGAUCCUUUUAAAGGGAAAUAUGUCACAUAUGACCUCGAUGGAGAUGUUGAACAGUAUCACAUAGAAUUCCUGGGUGAUCCGCAUUCAAGAUCAUGGAUAAAUGCAGCAUUCGUCGGACAUUAUAGUAUCACAUUAAAGCCAGGAGAAUGUAAAAAUAAAAAGAAGUGGUAUAAAAGUGCGCUACAAGAAGCAUUUCAUCUUUAUGGGUGUUCUUCUGAGCAAAGACUGGAAAUGUGCUACCUAUCAAAACAGGGUAAAUCCAAAGCUGUUGGCAAAGUUACAGUGGUGGCCAAGAAAAGGAUGCCAAUUUCCAAAAACAAUACUGAAAAGAUAAAGCCCAAAUUCAGAAAAAGGAAGAGGAAAGCUAUUUUAAAAUGCUCUUUUGAAAAUGUUUGUUCAGAUGAUGUCCUAUCAGAGGAAAACAUGGUUGUCUCUGAGACAGAAGUUUUACUAAAAGAACUGGAGCAAAUGCUACAGCAAGCUCUGGAACCCACAGUGCCACCAGACGAGUCUGACGAGGACCGUGGAGAGCCAGUAAAUACAGGAGAAAAGUUCUCUCAGUGGAGCCCUGAAGCUUCUGCGAGCAGUCCGUCUGAAAACCCCUGCGAAGAGGACUGUGUUGUAAUUGAUGGGAUAAAACUGAAAGCUGGAGAAUGUAUUGAAAACAUAACUAACAAGUUUAAAGAAAUAGAUGCUCUGAUGUCUGAAUUUUAGGGCAUUAUAGAUAUUUUCAAAAGUAAAUGGUAAAAACAAAGUCAAAAACUUAAAAUGUUGAGUAAAACAGGUAUAUAUGAGUAUUAUAUCA